AACAGCCUUCUCUCUUUCUCUAAAAUUAAAGCUUUUGCAAGCUAAAACAGAGGUUUUUUAAUCUCCCAUAUCUGCAUUUGAACUCUUCUUCUUUCUCAAAUCUUGUAGCUCAGGUUUUCUUUUAUCCUUUUCUUUCACAAACCAAAAACUAAGGGACAAAACUUUCAUCUUUUGUCUGUCUGUCUCUCUAGUUUCAGUUCUUUGAAGGAUGAAUAAACAAGAAGUCAUGAAGAUGCAGACAUGGAUCCUUAAAGUGAAUAUACAGUGUAGUUGUGAUGGCUGCAAGCAGAAAAUAAAGAAACUGUUGCAAAAAAUUGAUGGGGUGUAUACUACAAGUAUAAAUGCAGAUCAAGGGAAGGUUACAGUGACAGGGAAUGUUGACCCAGCUAUACUUAUAAGGAAGCUUGAGAAGUCAGGGAAACGUGCACAGCUAUGGGGAUCAGCUCAAAAGGGUUCAAAUAGUUUCCAAAACCAGAUGACCAACCAGUUCAAGAACAUGCAUUUUGAUGAUGGCAAAGGUGGUAAAGACAACAGAUCUCAAAAGGGUGGCGGCGGUGGUGGUGGUGGAAAGAAUAACCGGCAAAACGGUGGGCAGCAAUUUGCAUCACCACCGCCCCGUAUGCAGCAAAUGAUGAUGAAAGGGUCUAAAGAUUUCAAGUUACCACCUUCCAAGGAUCAGAAAUCUAUCAAGUUUCAUUUGCCUGAUGAUGAUUUAGAUGAAAGUGAUUGUGAUGAGUUUGGUGAUGAGUUUGAUGAUGGGUUUGAUGAUGAUGGGUUUGAUGAAGGGGGGUUUGGACAUGGUCAUGGCCAUGGGCAUCAAAAGCAAAACAAGAUGGUGCCUAUGAUGGGAAAAGGUCAUGGUUCAUAUGGGCCCAAUGGCAUGGUUAAUGGCCCUGCCAUGAAUGGUAAAAAAGGAGAUGCUUUUGAUAUACCUAUAGUGAUGAAGGGCAUGGGAGAAAACAAGGAUGGGAAGCAUGGCAAUGGAGUGAAGAAAGGAGGUGGUGAAAAGAGCAAGGGAGGGAAGCAAAACAAGGGAGGUAAAGAUGAUGUUGGAAAAAAAGGUGGUGGAUUACUAGGAUUCUUUAAGAAGGAUAAAGGUGUAAAAGAUUGUAAUCACAAGAAGGGUAAAAUCGAAUGGGAUGGUAAAAACAAGGGUGCCUAUAAGGGGAACGGAGGCAGCAAUGGCGGAGGUAACAAUAAUGGUAAUGGGGCUAAAAAGGGUGGGGGCAAAAAUGGUGGUGGGAGCCAAGAGAUGAACAAGGUUAAAAACGGUGGGUUUCAUGACAUUGAUGUUAUUAAUCAUGGCAGAGGAGCUGGCAGUAAGAAGAACAUGGGGCAGAUGGGUCAAAUGGGCGGGCAAAUGGGUUAUAAUAAUAUGGGUCGAAUGGGGAACUAUCCAAUGAACCAAAUGAGUAAUUUCCCUGCAGUUCAAGGACUACCUGCUGGUGCAGCAAUGAAUGGUGUUGGUGGGGGAUACUACCAUGGGAUGGGACCAGCAAAUCCCCAUAAUCAACAACAACAACAACAAUACAUGGCUAUGAUGAUGAACCAACAACGUGCGAAUGGGAAUGCUGGGGGUAUGUAUCAGCCAAUGAUGUAUGUUCAGCCAUAUCCACCACCCCAUGCACCAUACGGUCCGGCUUAUCCGAUGCAUACUACGGCAUCGAAUUCCGAAUCUUAUGCUCAUUUCUUUAGUGAUGAGAACGCAAACGCCUGCAAUGUGAUGUAAAUUUUUCUCAGAUUAGUGAAUGUUGUCUUUCAUUUUCUUGGUUUU